UAAGUACAUUAAAAUGUUAAAUGUCAUUGUAAAAUUAGACUUUAUUUUGAUAAAGUAUGUAUUGAUCUUCAGUCAAGAUACUCAGAAUAUAAGGCUUACAUGUAGAUAUCCAUCCAAUACUGUGUUUAACUCUUUUCCAUGGAGAACGAUAGACCAAAGUUCUUGAUAUUGGCAGAUUAUAUCAUUAUUGGGUACCUCCCCCCCAAUACACACACAGGAUAUAUUUUAAAGUACAUCUCAUACAGUCAAUCCUUAUAUGCUUAUCUAGGAGCUUGGUGACCUCUAAUGGACAGUUAAAAAUCUGCAAUAUGUACUUUUUGAUAAAACAAGAACAAAGUGUGCUUCUUAUAGCUUGUUUUGACUUCCUUUUCCAGAAAAGGUUACGGGAAAUAAAUAAAGAGUAUGAAUAUUAUGUAUGUUUAAUCAUUUUUGUAUUAAAAUCAUUUGCAGGAGAUCACACAUCUGAAAUUCUUACUGCAUAUCUUGGGCUCCUGAUUUCAAGCUUCCAAAUCCAUCAACAUAUGUUUUGCCAUUGCUUCCGCAAACACUUGAUGGGAACAGAUGGUGCUUCAUGCUUUCAAUAUUAAGCCUCAAGAUUUGGAUAUUGUGGAAAGUAAACUGCUAUCUCAACACAAAUACCAUUUGGAGAUUUCGUCACUGCUUCUGUCAUUUCCUUGUGCUCAUACUAUUUAUUGAAACUGGAUGCUUUUAUUAAGAAACACAACUGGGUUUUGGAAAAACAGUAUUUAUACAUUUAAAAGACUGAUACCAACUUGUCCAUUAUGACUCUUCAUUACAGGCACAAAUAUAACAAGUUACUCCCUAUAAUAGUCAUGAUUCCAUUUUCACAAUCACAUAGUAAAAGGUAGAAUAACUUUUAACACUUCAAAGUAUUCUGGGAUGUUUAAAACAUAAACAACAAUAUAAAAUUAACUCUUAAUCUGUAAGAUACAUGAAAUUUGAUGUAUUCAGUCAUUGAAAUUGUGAGCUUUGUUUUGAGUAUUUGUUAUUAUUGUAUUACAUGAAUUGUCUGCAUGAAUAUGCGGAUUGAUAGAAUUACAUGAAUUUCUUUGGAUAGCUUAUGAAACAUUUGGAUUGCUAUCCUUGAAUGAAUUAUUUGAGUAGUUAGGGAUAAUUUAAAAUGACAUUUUAGGCAUUUUGUGUGAAAUGAAUUAGUGUACUAUUUAAAAGAAGUUGUUUGCUACCUUAAUUACCAUAGAUACUUCGAAGAAAAACAUGUCUAAAGCCCCUCAAAUCCAUAUUUUCUUUGGUGCACCCAUCCUCCCAACAUUAUUAAAGAAACCCAAAGAAGAUACAUAUUUAAUAGCUACCACUGAACCAUGGAAAAAGCUCUAUUUUUCAUUUGCCAAAGAUACUUUUACCCUUUGUAUGAGAAAAUCCAAAUGUCCUGAUCAUACAUGCCAUCAAAUGCCAAACAGUGAAGCAUUGUCUGUCUGUUCCAAAGAUCAACUCACAACAAGCUUUAGGAAAAAAUGUGCGACUGAUGCUGAAAGUGUAAAAUCCGUCAGCAAUGAAAACAAAAUAAGUGAGUCAACUGGCAACAUUUGUCAUGUCUCUGGAAACAUAAGCACAGAGAAUCAAAUGAAUCAUCUUGCUUAUGAGCAGCUUCUUAAUCCAGUGAAAACAGAUGAAGAACAAAGCAAACAGUCUGAAGACAAUGAAGGAGCUGCCAGUUACAUGAUACGUAAUCACUUUGAUUUUUCUCCCUUAGUUCCCAGUACUAGUAAUGUCAGCAAAAAUGUAAAGUCAAUUGAACAGGAUGAAAACCCACCAGCCUUUCAGUGUGAUCAUUGCCAGCCCCAGGGUCAUUAUCUGACAAUACAUAGCCCACAGAUAAUGAAUAAAUCAAAGAUUGAAAAACCACUUCAUGUCUGUGCAAGCCUUGGAGUAUCAACAGACACUGAAUAUCUUAGUAUUCUGACCUCAAGUCAGAUUGCUUUUCUUUCUGGAAGGCAUGCUGCAGAACAAAAUAAAAUUCAAAGCAAAUCUGCAAAGGACAAGGAAAUGAAAUUGUACAAGCCCUGUAAGGAUAAUGAAAUAGUAUCAGAUCCACUUAUCCAGUUAAAUGAAAAUGGUAAUGUAUAUGUUGAUGUAGCUAAGAUAAAUUGUACACAGACUUACGAGAGCUCUCCCGAACUUUUUGAUUCUAACAGUCCUGUGAAAGAGAACUCAAUUGUGAAAGAAACAAGCCUGCAGGAAACUGGUGGCAUGCCCACCCAGCAUUUGCAUUCACCUGAUAAUAAAUGUAAUAAUGAUUUCUGUCAUACUGAACCACCAAAGAUAGGAACACUCUGUUCUAAAGGAGACUGGUCUGCUAAAAGACCUCGAGCAUUUGAAGAUAUCUUACCUACAACUAACUUUAGAGGAGAUGAUCAGCGGCAAUCAAAGAAAGCCAAGUCAGAUGAUUCUCCCAUAUGUCCAGUUGUACCAGUUAAGGAACAGGUCAUUUUAGGAUACAAGAAAGCUCAGAAGUACCCAUCCUUACUUAACAAAUGUCUCUGCAAAGGCCAAAAGUACACUGUCUUAGUCACAGUAUUGCAUCCUUGCCAUAUCAAGGAAAUACAGAUCAAGUCAGGAAAUAAAUUGCCCUCACAUGUUCCAUUAGCCACAGUGGUAGUAUUUGAUCAGUCGGAAGUACAACGAAAGGUGAUGUUAUGGAGAGGAGCAGCAUUUUGGUCACUUACACUCUUUCCUGGAGACAUCAUUCUACUUACAGAUGUGAUUGUAUAUGAGAACUGCUGGUCUGAGGAAACAAUGCUGCAAUCAACUUUUACUAGUCAAUUACUGAAUCUUGGAAGCUGCUCAACUGUUAAUCAGAAUGAAUUCUCCUACGUAGUGAAUGUUAAUAUUCUCCAGGAUUUGCUGGCAUAUGUGUCUUCAAAACAUCCCUAUCUGGAAGCUCUCCCUCAAAGGAAGACACAGACCCUGAACAAUGUACAACAUGCUCUGCUUCAUCAACUUGAACCAGAUAUAUUGGUGCAUGCUGUCAUGAAAAUUGUUAAUCUCACUGUCCUAACUGAAUCGACAUAUAGUUUCAAAGGAGAAAGAAAAAGAAAAAUUAUUUUAACAGUGGAACAAGUCAAGGAUCAAAACAAAACUUUGGUUUUAUGGGGAGCUUCAACAGCCUUCUAUCCUCAACUUCAAAGGAAAAGAGAUCAUAUCUGGGAAUUUAAAUACCUGUUUACAAAGCACAAUCCUGUUUCUGGUGAACUUGAAUUGCACACAACACCUUGGUCAACUCUGGAGUGUCUUUUUGAUGAUGACAGAAGAGCUGUAGAUUUCAAAGAAAAGUUUGAAAAGGAUGCCAAACCAUUAAUGGGGGUGAUUUCUCUUGCUGCACAUCUAGAAGAGAAGUGUUCUGGAAUAAUUCAAGUGAAAGCCCAUAUCUCAGAGCUGAAAUUUACUGUUGCUUCCUCUCCACGUGGGGAAGUUGUUUUUGAUUCAAAUGCUUCACUACAGCAUAUACUCAACUCUCUUGCUUUGAUUACUUAUGCGGGAUGUGCAAAAUGUGGAUUUGAACUCCAGACAGAUGAUAACAAGAUCUACAAACAGUGUGUUAGCUGUUUACCCUCAAAUAAAGUGAGAACAUUCUACAGACCAGCACUGAUGACCAUAGAAGAGGGAGGAUAUGAAAUCCGUGUUCAAGUGAUAUCAGAACUGAUUGGGAAAAUGUUUCUCAAUAUUCCAGCUGAGUGGCUAAGCAAAACCAUAGAGCCUUCCUUAGAUACCACUUACGGUAUGAUUGUAGCAGAUCUGUGCCACGCGCUGCUCACAGAUACAAAAGCAUCCUAUCUUUUGACAAUCAGAAGCCAUUUUGUACUGGAUGAAAACAGCUAUCCGUUGGAGAAUGAUUUUCAUCUAUUGAGUUUUCAUCUUGACCUCUGAAUCAGGGGCUUUCUUGGAAAAAUGAUGAGCCUUUUCUGCCAUCCAGUCUCUGAUGCGCUAAGUGACUUUAAAAAACAAUGAAUUUCUAUUUUAACUAGAUGUAUAAAAUAUUCCAGAGUUUGUUUUAUUUUUAUACACAUUAUUUUAUAGAUAUGAAUUUUAUAGAUAUGUAUUAUUUAUGAAUAGAAAUUAUUUUUCUAUUCAAAAUCUCCCCAUUGACU